AUGAGGAGACAUUUGCCCCGGUUGCUCGUCUCACCUCUGUCCGCUGUCUUAUCGCCAUCGCUGCCGCUCGUCGGUGGCCCCUGCAUUAGCUUGAUGUCAAGAAUGCGUUCUUGCAUGGUGAUUUAUCCGAGGACAUCUACAUGUCUCCUCCUCCUGGUUUUCCUACCUCUUCCAAGCGAUCAUGAUUCGGCUCUCUUCCUUCGACGUGGGUCAGCUGGAAUUACUGUUUUAUUGCUUUAUGUGGAUGACAUGAUCAUUACGGGAGAUGAUGCAUCAGGUAUCUCCGAGUUGCAGGCUCAUCUACACCGCCACUUCGAGAUGAAGAGUUUAGGGCCUCUUCGGUACUUCCUAGGACUUGAGAUCUCCGACACCUCUGACGGAUAUUAUCUCUCUCAAGCCAAGUAUGCCUCCGACCUCCUAUCUAGUGCCGGUCUCACUGACUCCAAGACUGCUCCUACACCUCUUGAUUCUGACUGUCAUCUUACUCCGAUGGACAGCGUUCCCUUUGAUGAUCCGACUUUGUUUCGUCAGCUGGUGGGAAGUCUGAUCUACCUGAUUGUCACUCGACCGGAUAUUGCUUAUGCCGUCCAUAUCGUCAGUCAGUUUAUGUCUGCUCCUCGGACGACUCAUCAUUCUGCUGUCCUACGGAUUCUCCGGUACGUCAAAGGUACCCUUCUUCAUGGGCUUCAUUAUUCUGCUCGUUCCUCCUUAGUUUUGACCGGGUAUUCUGACGUUGAUUGGGCGGGAGAUCCCUCUGAUCGCCGCUCGACCAUCGGGUUUUGCUUCUUCCUUGGCGACUCGCUUAUUUCAUGGCGCAGCAAGAAACAUACGGUUGUCUCCCAGUCCAGUGCAGAGUCCGAAUAUAGAGCCCUUGCCGAUACCGCUGCCGAGCGGCUAAUCUCGGAGUGCCUCAGCCCUCUGCCACUAUUAUCCAUUGCGACAGUCAGAGCGCCAUGA